CCCACGCGCCCGCUCCUCGUCGCCGUCCUCUUCCUCCAUCUCACCCGUCCCUCAGCCUCGUUAAUUUUUCGCCCCCAUCUUUGAACGCAGCGGCUCAACCUCCAUCGUUCUCUCCCUCCUCCUCCCCCCGAUCCCGUCCCUAUAAAUUGCGCCCCCGCCGCCACAGCGGACCGCAAGCACGCAAUCACACAGCUCGCUGCUGCUGCCGUCUCCCCGUGUCCUGUCGUUCUCCCGUCGCCGGGGGCGGAAGAGUUCGGCGGGCGGUUGGGGAUUGCUCGGGAGCCCCGUGAUGGCGAAGCUGUACGUGCAAGCGUUCCCGCCCGCGGAUCUGAACAAGAACACCGAGUGGUUUAUGUACCCGGGCGUCUGGACGACCUACAUCAUCAUCGUCUUCUUCUCCUGGCUCCUCGUCCUCUCCGUCUUUGGCUGCACCCCUGGCACCGCGUGGACCGUCGUCAACCUCUUCCACUUCGCGAUCACAUACCACUUUUUCCAUUGGAAGAAAGGAACACCUUUUGCUGAUGACCAGGGAAUGUACAACACAUUGACUUGGUGGGAACAAAUGGACAAUGGCAAACAGCUUACUCGUAAUAGGAAGUUCCUCAUUGUUGUUCCUGUUGUCCUGUAUCUGAUAGCUUUGCACACCACAGACUACCAACAACCUAUGCUCUUCCUCAAUACCCUUGCCGUCAGCGUGCUUGUGGUCGCCAAACUACCGAAUAUGCACAAGGUCAGGAUUUUUGGAAUAAAUGCUGAGAGCUAAACAGCGUCAUCCUUCACCAGACAUUUUACCUAUAUGCUUUUUCAGAACGGUCUGUAUGUUCCCCUUCUAGUGCUUUAGUUGGGCUCAUUCAUCAGAGUACCAUAGUUUAAAAGUUGUUAGCAGAUGGGCCUUGGUCGUUGUAUAGAGAGAUGCUCAGAGGCUGGACUGGACAUGUCGCUGCUGUACAUCUGAUGUGCACAGAUUCUGUACACCCUUAAUGUUGCUAUAUGGUUUGUUGCGAGCAUCUGUCAGUUGCUAUAUAUGUAUGUAUAGUAUCAUUCUUG